CUCUAUGAAGCGCAAAAACACGGACUUAUCUAUUGACACAAAGCAAGUUAAACACCAACGAGUUGAAGAGACCACUCCGUCUCCUGAUUUCUGGCCUCCCUCUCCUAUUGAAUAUGGGGUUAACGAUCCCGUUAACUACUGGCCACCAACCCCUACUACUGAAACUGAGGACUUAAACAAUGUUGUGUCUAAUGUUGAUGAAGACAAACAAGAACUACCAAAAAGUGAUGUUGUUGUACUCAUCACUCAACCUCCUCCAGAAACUAUUUCAAAUUAUGUAAGACCAAGCGAUAGAAG